UCAAGCAAUCAUAUUCAUGCUUCCAUCCAACCGCAGCCAGUCAGUUUAUUUAGUACAGUUGAAGUAGCAGGAUCGUCAGUCUCCUCACCGCUGCGACGGCUGCAACCAACCAUUCGUUGUGCCAUUUACGAGAAGCCCCAGAACAAUGGCGAAUGAUCAAUUGACAAAAUCCUACUUCCAUCAACAUUUUACGGACCUGAACCACGAACUGCAACUGCAAACUACACCUACACUACAGCUCCACGGCAGGCCGAGUUUCGGACGAUCAACCUACUUCCGACGAAAAACAAAAUUGAAGACACCUCCGUGCGCCGUUGUAGGUGGAAAUCAAACUGGAGUGUGUGACGUUUUCCGGUUAAUUCCAGAGUACAUUCCUCGGUGCACUCCUGCGAUCGAUUCAGGUCUUUCGUCGGAUCUGAUCCAAAAAACUCGGGCGCCCGGUGAAAUGGGACCACAUCUAUGUAAUGGGAAAAAUGUCUAUGGAAGAGAAAUGACUAAAUUCAGACAGACGUGGCACGUCGUCGAACAGGCUCGCCGGCUAAAAAAUGAAUUCAUAAAUAAAUUGUAUUUCCAUUAUAGAAAAAAACGAGAAAAAGAUAAAUAAAUUGAAAAUUAGGAUUAUAAACAUAAAUUUUUUUUACAGAAUUUUG